AUGGCCUCUCGUCAUCAGAGGAACUCUGUGCGGAUCCUGUCCAGCCGGGAGCGCGGCUCGCAGGCCUUUGGCUCGCAGCACCUCCUGCAGCAGAUGGUGGAGGAGAAGGUCCGCUGGAUGAAAUGGCAGAGUCAGGUAACAGCCAAAGAAGACCCACUAUCCCAGUCAAGGGAUUAGCCCAAACUGCUUUGGUUUUCGACAGAUAUGGAAUAGUAGUAGGCGAUCCGUCUCUCACUGCUCUCGCUGCCCACUUGCUGCAGUAGGCGUUUUGAUUUGGGGCAGUAUGUAACUCGUCACCAUGGAAACAAUGCCCUGUGCUUAUCUUCAUCAUCUUUAGUCUAUUUGGGAGUUGUUCUUCAAAAUCCCGAAUAAUAUGCAGUUGAUGCAUCACAAUUUGACUUGAAUCAAGUCAUAAGUUUAAAAAUCCUGUCUGCUUUUAAUAAUCAAUGUGCUACCUCCAUGUAAGGCUCUGGCGUUAAGUGAUGUUUGUUGCCUCACACAGAAAGUGGAGCUGCCAGACAGCCCUCGCUCGACGUUCCUGUUGGCCUUCAGCCCAGACCGGUAAGGAACUCAACUGACCCGGCCGCAUGAAUGGAUUCAUGAGAGCAUUUGAGAGGCAGGGCUUCCUUGAACAUUUCAACAGAAGCUGUACCAUUCACUCCAUGCCCCUGUUUUCUCUCUCCCCCUCUUCUAUCAACUCUGAUAGGACCCUCAUGGCUUCCACUCACGUCAAUCACAACAUCUACAUCACGGAGGUGAAGACUGGAAAGUGCCUCCAUUCGCUGGUGGGCCACCGCCGCACGCCCUGGUGCGUGACCUUUCACCCCACCAUCCCUGGCCUGGUGGCCUCAGGGUGCCUUGACGGAGAGGUCCGCAUCUGGGACCUGCAUGUAAGUGGUGCCUUCUAUAAAACACAGACCCCUAUUAAGAUGAAUAGGACAAGUUUCAGGUCCCCGCUUGCUAAGUUGCAUAGGUAUAUUUUAUUGUUCUGUUAGGGUGUAAGACUCUCAUACACAGCACAGUCUCGCCAGAAAUACAUGUUGAGGAGUCCCCCAGGGAACUCGCCUCGGUCCGAGUGGUUUGUGGCGGCUCCAGGCGUCAUAAGGAAGCUUUUCCUUCUUCAAUGUGUUGCUAUUGGUAGUCUAGUUGAUAAACCUUGAUCACAGUAGUUUGCGUCCCGUAAACAUCAUGCAAACGUUUUCUAUCCAGUGUUGCCGUACCGUUCUUGUUUCUUUCUCUAUUAAACCCCCUUAUUGUGUUUGUUUCUGCAGGGUGGCAGUGAGAGCUGGUUCACAGAGAGCAACGUGGCCAUUGCCUCGCUUACCUUCCACCCCACCGCCCAGCUCCUCCUCAUCGCCACCAACAACGAGCUCCACUUCUGGGACUGGAGCCGGCCCGAGCCCUUCGCCGUGGUCAAAACCGGCAGCGAGACUGAAAGAGUCAGGUGGGACACCAUUUAGACACAUUUAAUAUUGUGUUCUAUUUCAUUCUGUGUGACACAUAUUUCGGAUUUUAAAUAUGUAUAAUUUGUGUCAGGAAAAUGCAAAAUGUCUUAACAUUUAUGUUCCUUUCACAUGUAACAACCCCUAGUGUAGUGAAAAUGUUGUAUCAUAAUAGUAUGGUAAUGCUAUGAUUAGGAUAUCUUUGAGUUUAUGAAAAGCUCAGCUCUAUCUCUUUCAGGUUGGUGAGGUUUGAUCCUUUGGGGCACAAUCUUCUGACGGCUAUUGUGAACCCCACCAACCAGCAGGUGAGGCCGUCUAGAAAUAAAAGAAUCUUCUCAAAACCUUUAAAACAUGGCUGUCUCCUAAUACCCUAAAACAUUCAACAUGACUAUACCCUAAUAUGUUCUGUAGAAUGAUGAUGACUCAGAGAUCCCCAUGGACAGCGUGGAGAUGCCCCACUUCCGCCAGCGCUCCUUCAUGCCCUCCCAGCCUGUACGCCGCACACCAAUCCUCCACAACUUCCUGCACAUCUUGUCAUCACGCUCGUCGGGGGCGCAGGCUGGGGGGGAUUCGUCCCGCCCUGGUGGGGAGGGCAGCGGCGAGCCCCCCAGCAUGCCUUUGGGCCAGUACCCAGCAUCGCAGAACCGUGGACCGCCCUACCCAGGCUGCACCCAGCACCUGGGCAUGGUGUGCCUCUGCAGCCGCUGCACGGCCAACCGCAGCCCCUCUCUGGGCGAGGGUCCCUCCACCUCCAGGCCUGUGGUCCCCCCCGAGCCUCCCCAGGUGGCCUCUCAGCCAGUCCCCCACACCUCUACUUUCUCCUCGGCCCGUACGGAGCCCCGGCAGCCUUCGGAGCCCACUGGGGCCCAGCAGCGGCCCUCGGCCUUCACCACGGUCUACUACAGCGCCGGCAGCUCCCUGCACCGCGCCGUGCCUACCACCCACGUGGCCAGCCAGCCCCUGAGCCAGCAGCUGCCCCCGCCCGCCAGCCACCAACACCAACCCCCAUCCCACCCGCUGCCCGGACCUGACUGGACACGCAGCCUGCUGAACAUGAGAAGCUCAGAGAGCGGGGCCGGAAGUGGGGGGAGCAACGGAGGGGUUAUGAGUGGUGUAGGGGGUGGGAUGCUGCCCCCCCGGACCAGCUCGUCCUCUGUCAGCCUGCUGUCAGUGCUGCGACAGCAGGACGGCUCUUCCCAGUCCCCCGUCUACACCUCCGCGACCGAGGGACGAGGCUUCCCCCCGCAGCCGGGCGCCGAACCUGGCUCCAGCCCCGUGGCCAAUCAGAGAGGAGGAAGUGGUGGUGGAGGAGGAGGAGGGGUGGGCACCAGCAGCGGGCACCACCCAUUCUGGGAUGGCACGCGCAGCAACCCGGCCUUGUUCCGCAACGUGCUCCAGUGCAACCUUAGCCGCUACUUCAUGGAGUGCGACCGCAUGCAGGACCUGGAGUCGCCGCUGGGUGGCGCCAGCGGGGAUGUCGGGGGAGGGGAGGGUGGCCAGGAGCAGACGCAGGAGCUGCUCAAUAACAACAUGGACCCGGUGAGACCCGGGCCUUCCUCGUCCUCCCACUACCAGCCCCAGCCACCCCCACCUGCCCUAACCGAGAACAACCCCCCUCCCUCCUCUAGCGCGGCCCACUCCUCCCGGGGCCACCUGAACCGCUGCCGGGCCUGCCACAACCUGCUCACCUUCAACCACGACUCCCAACGCUGGGAGCGCACCAGCCCGGCCUCCUCCACCUCCGCUGUCUCCACCCAGGAGGGCUCCAGCUCUCCCUGGCGGCAGCCCUUCAGCCCUGCCUAUGAGGAUCCCCAUGCAUCCCCACAGAGCCGGGAUCCACACCCCCAUCCCCAAGAGAGGGAGAGGAGGGUAGCCCAGCCCCCUGAGCCCAGCGAGCUGCAGCCCUCCCCAGGCCCUCACGUUGCAGCCAUGCCCUUCCCCACCAUUGCGUCGUCCUCUGCCCAGCCCGGGGAGCAGACUGUGGGCCUGGUGUACAACCAGGAGACGGGCCAGUGGGAGCGUGUCUACCGCCAGGCCGCCUCCAGCCGCUCCGCCGACGCACCGCCAGAGGCCUUAAGCCAGGAAAUGCCUGUGGAUAACCCGGACGAGGACUCUCUGAGAAGGUAGAGUUAUGAGAAAGGCCUUGGUAGUCUCUGCGGUGGUGUUUUUCUCUCAGACCAGGGUCCUGUUUAGUAAGGCACACCGCGGCAAAACAUUUUGAAACUGAAAAUGAAAAUGAGCUUCUUAUUGAAUGAGCUCAGAUAGUACCACUCUGUUUCGGACCGUUUUCUUCAGUUUGGUAUCUACUGAACACCACUCGGCUCACUUUAUCUAGUGAUCCACUCUGGCACGAUAACAUUACAGCAAGUGACUACUGGUCUGCUUUACUCAGUAUUUCCAUGAUAGACUUAUAUUGUCCAAAUAGUUGUAUUUGUAUAAAACAAAUAGACUCCCUUUGCAGAGGAGAUGUAAUUGCUGAUCCAUUGUUUGGUGGGUUUGUUCACAGGAGGCUGUUGGAGUCCUCCCUCCUCUCUCUCUCCCGCUACGACAUGGGAGGAUCCCGAGACCACCCUAUCUACCCAGACCCCGCCAGGUACCAACCUUAACCCCAAUUAAAAUGGUAUCAUCUUUGAUAGGAUCAAACCCAUUGAGUAAGGUUGAAAAUAUCCACAAACUUUCCCGAAGUGUCCAGGUGUGUUAACAACCUGAAAACUUGGGGGGGAGUUUCUGGAAUUUUGCAAGCCUAGUAUGAAUCCUACAGCUGUAAACCCCCAUUGACCCCUUCUCUCUGCCGUUAUCUCUCCUGCAGGUUGUCCCCAGCUGCGUACUACGCCCAGAGGAUGAUCCAGUACCUGUCGAGGCGGGACAGUAUCCGCCAGCGCUCGCUGCGCUACCAGCAGAACCGGCUGAGGACCCUCUCCUCCUCAUCGGACAGCCCUGCUGGCAACCCCUCGGCCGCCAUGGAGAACAGCGACGUGGACUUUGAGGAGCUAGAGUGAGUUGGCGGCAAACACCACGCAGAGAGAAUGUUCGCUAAGUGUGUCGUUUGAGGCAUGUGUCGAUACUGAUAGGAUCAAAUGCUUAGUGGGUAAGAGCGUUGUGCCAGUAACCAAAAGGUCGCUGGUUCUAAUCCCCAAGCCGACUAGGUGAAAAAUCUGUCGAUGUGCCCUUAAGCAAGGCACGUAACCCUAAUUGCUCAUGUAAGUCGCUCUGGAUAAGAGCGUCUGCUAAAUGACUAAAAUGUAAAUGUAAAUGUAAAGGGAGUGCUGCUCUCGGAUCAGCUUUCUCCAUUCAAAUCUUACCUUAAAAAUUAUAAUUAUUUCACGAUACUGACUAUGGAUCAGCUCCUAGAGAGAUAUUACCAGCUACGGCUGCAGAUAUUGAGGCGGCUUAUUCUAAAGCUUACCUAAUAAAAUGCACUAAAUCACAGAUUUGGCACAUCAUUGCGCACGUGUUAGGCUACACAUCAUGAAAUAUAUAUUUUUAUACGUCGCUUGUUUGUACAAAUUGCAAAGACAUUCGCAACUUUGUAUUUGUAGUCAACUUUGUUCUGAAGUUAUCGGCGGUCUCAGAGAGACGGAUAAACCGUGUGUUUCUAUGUUUAGCGGAGAUCUUCUGUGUAUAAAGUAACACGGAAGGGCAAAAAAAGCAUCUAACGACGCACUUAGCUGUUCUACGAGUGGUCUGAGGCAGGCGUUAGAUUACGAGCGUUUUCAAGUGCAAUGUUAAUAACGCUGGUUUUGGGAAACAGCUCAGAGAUUUAACGAUGCUCCUAUGAAGGUUCUAAUGAUGGGAAACCGGGCCCUGACCCCUUAAAGAUAGAAUCCUUAAUUGAAACGAUAACAAAGCGGUCACCCCACCUCUGUUUUGGUAAAAAGCUGAGGGAUGGACCUGGAGAAAUGUUACCACUUUCAAAUUCAUAGACAGAGAUAUCGAAGUAAGGACUGACCAUCCAUGAUAUCAAGAUUAUACUUUUAACCAUGUUUUGAGGAUAUACAAAGUUUAUAUUUACAGUACGCAGGUUUCCAUUGACCCAGGUGUAUUCGACAAAAGCAACGUCAUUGCGACAUGUGCAAUGAAAACAGCAGCUAUAGGACAAAUGUUCUAAUGAUCAACAAACAUUUUACCUGUUCGACAGGGGUGGAUUUUUCUUUAUUGCGACAAAUGAUGAUGGAAACUGUUUUUCGAAUAAAAUGAUGAUUUGAAACGAAUAAUUGAAGGUAUUCUUUCAUUCUAUCCAUGCUUUUUGGGCUACCUGAGACCUGAAACAGAUCGGUGGUAGGGCUGUCGCCAAUUUUAUUAAUGCACAAUUUGCCUAAAUGGAUAAAGGAAACAGUUCAACCACUUAAUUUUAUUUCACUCUAGGUUUUUACGGAAGUUUUAUUGUUUAGGUAUAAUGUCAUUACAUCCAGCUGUUUUUAUCGACACAAGACUGCACCGUAGCAGGCAAUUGUCGUGUCUGUUUUCUAUGUGAACUUUCUAAAUGUCGACAAAAAAAUCACUGUACAAGUUCAUGUUUACAAACAUUGGAGUAAAACAAGCUUAUAUUUGAGGUUCUGAUGAGGUAUGACAAUCGAACUAAGCUCAUGAGGCAUUUAUAAGUUAUAUUCUUCAAUAAUCAAUGUGUAUAUAUAAUUAAUUUAUAAGUCCAAAAAUGGAUGUAGCAACUAAGGAUUCCACCUUUUAAAGGGAUAUUACGCUCUUCAAUCAAAGUUUGCCAGUUGUUUUCAGACCUCAAAAUGGUAUUCUGUUCAAAUAAGUAAAGGAGGAGAUAAAAGGGGUUAAGUAGAUGUCUCAGGCCAUCUUUUUGGAAAAGAUAAGAACCAUAUAUUUUGCGAUCUGAGUACAGUGAUCCUACUUUGAACCCUUAGCUUCACCACACGUCUCCCAAUAGCCUCUGUUUCUCCCAAUAACUGCUGUGUGUGUGUGUUUAACAGUGAUAACGGAGACCGGAUGAGGCACAGAACACCGCGCAACGCCAGGAUGUCCGCUCCUUCGCUGGGGCGUUUCGUUCCCCGGCGGUUCCUGUUGCCUGAGUAUCUGCCAUACGCUGGGAUCUUCCACGAGAGGGGACAGCCUGGCCUGGCCACUCACUCCUCUGUCAACAGGGUCUUAGCAGGUAAUAACCAAGAUUGUCUCACUAAAGUGCACUCUGCUUAUAGAGCGUCUGGUUGGUAGUGAUCAAAUUGUCCUGUACGGAUGUCAUCACUAUUAUAGUGGUCUAUAAGAGGAGAGUACUGUAAUACCCUUUACCUACUACUGUGCCAAGCUGAGCUGUAUUUGAGCUGGCCUGAUUACCCAUCAAUUAUAGUUGGUGGAACCAUUCUGCAAAGGUGAAAAAGAGGAUGUCCAAGCCAGCACAGUACAGUUGAAGUGCGCAACAAGUGACUAGUUGACUUCUGUCAUACAUCUCAAUGUUAUCCAUUUGAUUGUGUUCAUUUCCGCUGUCUGCAAUAAUGGUAGACAGUCCUCUUCCUACUUCACUUCCAAUGCUCUAUCCACUGACCAAAAUGCCUUUCCUCCUGUCUCUCAGGUGCCUCCAUCGGGGACGGACAGUCGGCGGUGGCCAGCAACAUAGCCAACACAACCUACCGGCUGCAGUGGUGGGACUUCACCAAGUUCGACCUGCCUGAGAUCAGCAACGGUAUGUGAAAUGAUCAGAACGUUGCAGGUAGAAAUAGAAUGAAUCGAGCUGCCAUGAUUCCAUAUUCUAUCUGACAGACAGUCGUAUCUGUUCUACAUAAUGCAUUUCUCUGACCAUUCUGUAACGUUACAUUCUCCUAAACGAGCCCCAGCUCUCAUAUUGUCUGAACAGCCAUUUUUGCUUACCCUGAUUGCGUUUACCUUGGUAGAAUUAUACUGUAGUAUUGACAUCGUGUGUGUGGGGGUGUGUGUGGGGGGGAGUUCUUCUAUUCUUGUAGGGACCUAAAAUGCCCAAAAGUCCCCACAAGGAUAGUAAAACAAGGAAAAUUCUCCCUCGUGGGGACAUUUCCCACGUCCCCAUGAGGACAAAGUCUAUUUUAAGCUUAGGGGGUUAGGUUUAAUGUUAGGGUUACAAUUAGGGUAAGGGGUUAGGGUUUGGGUUAAGGUUAGGGUUAGGAACAUUUUGAAUGGAAAUACAUUUUAGGUCCCCACAAGGAUAGAAUAACAAAGUGUUUGUUCAGAAUUAAACUGUAGUACUGAAUUAUUGUGUGUGCUUGUGUGUAUUCCCCACCCCUCCAGCCUCUGUGAAUGUGCUGGUGCCAAACUGUAAGAUAUACAACGACGCCAGCUGUGACAUCUCAGCGGACGGGCAGCUCCUGGCCGUGUUCAUACCCAGCAGCCAGCGGGGCUUCCCUGACGAGGGCAUCCUGGCCGUGUACUCCCUGGCCCCGCACAACCUGGGGGAGAUGCUCUACACCAAGAGAUUUGGUAAGUCAUGUCACGUGGUCCUCUGUAGCUCAAUUGGUAGAGCAUGGCGCUUGCAACGCCAGGAUAGUGGGUUUCGAAUCCCGGUUGGUUCCCAGUGGGAUCAAUUCACCUGUACGUAAAGAAUGUAUGCACGCAUGGAUAAAAGUCGCUUUGGAUAAAAGAGUUUGCUAAAAUGCAUAUUAUUACAUUUUAGUCAUUUAGCAGACGCUCUUAUCCAGAGCGACUUACAGUUAGUGCAUACAUUUUCAUACUUUAUUACUAUAUAUUAUUUAGUAAGUCUUGCCGUCAUGGACUUGACCUCCAGGAUACAACUAUAGCAGUGUUUCCCAAACCUCUCCUCAAAUACCCCCAGCCAAUCCACUUAUUUUAGGUAUUCCAGUGAUGGCAGACCUGAUUCAAUUGUUCAACUAAUCACCUCAUUAGUUGAAUCAGGUGUGCUAGUUCUGGAAUACAUCAAAUGCGUGGAACGGCUGGGGGUGCUUGAGGAGAGGUUUGCGACACUGAACUAGAGAAUCUAUACUGAACAAAAAUAUAAACGCAACGUGCAACAAUUUCAAUGAUUUUACUGAGUUACAGUUCGUAUAAGGAAAUCAGUCAAUUUAAAUAAAUAAAUUAGGCCCUAAUCUAUGGAUUUCACAUGACUGGGAGGGGCACAGCCAUGGGUGGCCCACCAACUUGGGAGCCAGGCCCAGCCAAUCAGAAUUAGUUUUUUUGCCUAACCUUGUCAGUUUGUCUUCCUUCUCCCGCAGGUCCCAAUGCCAUCUCGGUGAGCCUGUCUCCCAUGGGCUGCUACGUGAUGGUGGGCCUGGCCUCCCGCAGGAUCCUGCUACAUCCCUCCACUGACCACAUGGUGGCGCAAGUGUUCCGGCUGCAGCAGCCCCACGGCGGAGAGACCUCCAUCAGGGUGAGAAAGACAGACAUAGCCUCUUGAUGCAGGGAAAGACCAGGGUUGUGUUCAUUAGGCACCAAACGGAAGAAAAAGGACUGAAACAUGGAUGGACUACCCGGACUUGUCCAAUAAGAAACUCUCCUUUUUGUUUCUUUUGCAUGCCAUAGUGAACAUGACCCUGGUUACAUGUUGCUGUUAACCUAUGUCAGUAGUGUGUGGCUGUGGUGGUCAACAAUGAGGGAGAACAUAGUAUGAUAAUUGAUACUACAGCUCUGUAGAGACUGGGGUUAAAACCUGUAAAAGUCUAAGCUGUUGGGGGGGAAGAGGCAUACCAUGGAUAAUUUGGCUAUUUGAUUUGGAAUUUUAGGACCCCUUUAGGUAUCCAAGAAAAAUAUUUAAAAAACUAAUUUGAUAAAAUAUUGAAUUUAGCCUUUACUACUAUAGCCCAUAGAAACGCAUUGAAUAACACAUUCAUAAAUGGCAAAAAAGACAGUAAAAAAAUACAUUAGGAAUAGGGUUUUGAAGUGUCCUAUAUCUAGGAGAUGUAAGAAGGCUCAGACGAUCCCACAGGUGAAGAAGCCGGAUGUGGAGGUCCUGUGCUGGCGUGGUUACACGUGGUCUGCGGUUACACGUGGUCUGCGGUUAUGAGGCCGGUUGGACAUAUUGCCAAAUUCACUAAAACUACGUUGGCUUAUGGUAGAGAAAUUAAUAUUAAAACAACUCUGGUGGAGAUUCCUGCUGUCAGCAUGCCAAUUGCACGCUCCCUCAAAACUUGAGACAUCUGUGGCAUUGUGUUGUGACAAAACUGCACAUUUUAGAGUGGCCUUUUAUUGUCCCCAGCACAAGGUGCACCUGUGUAAUGAUCAGCUGUUUAAUCAGCUUUUUGAUAUGCUGCAGCUGUCAGGUGGAUGGAUUAUCUUGGCAAAGGGGAAAUGCUCACUAACAGGGAUGUAAACAAAUUUAUGCACAACUUUUUUGAGAUACGUUUUUCAAAUCAAAUCAAAUCAAAUUUUAUUGGUCACAUACACGUAUUAGCAGAUGUUAUUGCGGGGGUAGCGAAAUGCUUGUGUUUCUAGCUCUGACAGUGAAGUAAUAUCUAACAAGUAAUAUCUAACAAUUUCACAACACAUACCUAAUACACAUAUACUUAAUACAAUUCUAAGUAAAGCAGUUUUUGUGCGUAUGGACAUUUUCUGGGAUCUUCACUUUACAUGUUGCGUUUAUAUUUUUGUUCAGUGUAGAAUCAUUUACUUAUUUACCUAGUUGGCUUGUUGUGUAUUCUGUGCAAGAUAAACAUUCCUUUCGAGGCGCAUUCAAGUUGCGAGAGCCAUAGGAGGGAAACAUGUAUUCUGACAAGCAGUCAAUGCACAACAAUUCUUAAUGCAAUCGCGGGAAAACACUUUUGAAAGCAGCUUUGGCAAUUGUAUUUUGAAAGCAGUUUUGGCCAUGAGGGGGACACCAUGUUUAUUUCUCUACUCCUUCAUGUGGCAUCGUUUUACAGAUGCAGUUUUACAACCGGAGUUUCAAGCAUGGUUUAGGCACAGCUGCGCAAAAUAGCUCUUAAAGGGUCAAUGUCGUCUUAAAAGGGCAAUGACAUACUUUUUAAUAGAAACAAAAAUAUAUAAUUAAGAAUUAUUUAUAUAUUCAUAUUUAUAAUAAAAUAAUAAUUACAAUUAGGAUGUUGUGUCCAAUGGGGUAAAUGCAGAUAGACAAACCCCAUUGUUCAGCCUAUGUAACUUUUUAUAGCCACUAUGCUGCAUCAGUUGUGCUUCAGGUGAUAAUGCUUAUUGCUAAUUUGGAAUUGGUCCAAACACUAAGACAGUCGUGAAGAUGGCGCGACAAAGCCUUUUCCCGCAUCAGGAGACUGAAAAGAUUUGGCAUGGGUCCCCAGAUCCUCAGAAAGUUAUACAGCUGCACCAUCAAGAGCAUCCUGACCGGUUGCAUCACCGCCUGGUAUGGCAACUGCUCAUCAUCCGACCAUAAGGCGCUACAGAGGGUAGUGCGUACGGCCCAGUACAUCACUGGGGCCAAGCUUCCUGCCAUCCAGGAUCUACAGUGCAUUCGGAAAGUAUUCAGACCCCUUGACUUUUUCCACAUUUUGUUACGUUACAGCCUUAUUCUAAAAUGGAUUGAAAAAAUAAAAAAUCUGCAGGAAUCAACACACAAUACCCCAUAAUGACAAAGGGAAAACAGUUUGGUAGAAUUUGUUUCAAAUUUAUUAAAAACAUAAAUACCUUAUCUACGUAAGUAUCCAGACCCUUUGCUAUGAGACACGAAAUUGAGUGCAGGUGCAUCCUGUUUCCAUUGAUCAUCCUUGAGAUGUUUCUAAAACUUGAUUGGAGUCCACCUGUGGUAAAUUCAAUUGAUUGGACAUGAUUUUGAAAGGCAGACACCAGUAUAUAUAAGGUCCCACAGUUGAUAGUGCAUGUUAGAGCAAAAACCAAACCAAUGAGGUUGAAGGAAUUGUCCGUAGAGCUCCGAGACAGGAUUGUGUUGAGGCACAGAUCUGGGGAAGGGUACCAACAAAUGUCUGCAACAUUGAAGGUCCUCAAGAACACAGCUGGCCUCCAUCAUUCUUAAAUGGAAGAAGUUUGGAACCACAAAGACUCUUCCUAGAGCUGGCCGCCCGGCCAAACUGAGCAAUCGUGGGAGAAGAGCCUUGGUCAGGGAGGUGACCAAGAACCCGAUGGUAACUCUGAUAGUCACUUUACCCCUACCUACAUGUACAAAUUACCUCAACUAGCCUGUAGCCCCGCACAUUGACUCGGUACCUGUACCCCCUGAAUAUAGCCUUGUUAUUUUAUUGUGUUAAUUUUUAUUUUGUUUUUUACUUUAUUUUAUUUAGUAAAUAUUUUCUUUAAAAUAAUCCCGGGAAGGAUCCCAGACCCCUUAAGCAAAGGGACUGGCAUUGGUCAAACUCGCAGUUUAAUACAUGUACAAAAGGAUCCUCUUUCCCUAAAAGCAUGGGUGGCCAUAACUUUCUUACAUGAAAGGGGAGGUUAACUUGUUCCCAGACAAUCAAUCUGAGAUCGACUUAAGUUUCAGUCAUGGGAUUUUUUUUGCUUUAACCCCUGUGUAGAGACUUGAAGCACAACUACAUAGCUUUAACCCAUACUUGAAGGGUUCCCUUUAAUGUGCAUUUUAUGUUUGAUAUAGAUCCCGACUGAUAUAUCGGUUCACUGAUAUUAUUGGCCGAUAUUGACCUUCAAAUGCUAUAUCUGUAUCGGCCGAUAAUUUCUCCGAUAUUCAAUAAAUAGGAUGAAAAAAGGGAAUCUCAUGCUUAUCUAAACACGUGUGGCCAUCGUCAUGGUGUGUCAUUAAUUUCACAAUGUAAAAAAUCAACAUAUGAAGUAUAUUUCUUGGACAAUUGCUGUUUUGGAUGGCAAUUUAGGGUUAAAGCUUAUUUCCUGCAAAUCUACUCAUUUUUGUACCCAAGAAAGCAAUUCCACUCAUUCUUGUACCCAAGAAAGCAAAGGUAACUGAACUAAAUGACUAUCGCCCUGUAGCACUCACCUCUGUCAUCAUGAAGUGCUUUGAGAGACUAGUCAAGGAUCAUAUCACCUCUACCUUACCUGUCACCCUAGACCCACUUCAAUUUGCUUACGGCCCCAAUAGAUCCACAGACGAUGCAAUCGCCAUCACACUGCACACUGCCCUAUCCCAUCUGGACAAGAGGAAUAUCUAUGUAAGAAUGCUGUUCAUUGACUAUAGCUCAGCAUUCAACAUCAUUGUACCCUCCAAGCUCAUCAUCAAGCUCGAGGCUCUGGGUCUGAACCCCGCCCUGUGCAACUGGGUCCUGGACUUCCUGACGGGCCGCCCCCAGGUGGUGAAGGUAGGAAACAACAUCUCCACUUCGCUGAUCCUCAACACUGGGGCCCCACAAGGGUGCGUGCUCAGCCCCCUCCUGUACUCCCUGUUCACCCAUGACUGCGUGGCCAAGCACACCUCCAACUCAAUCAUCAAGUUUGCAGAUGACACAACAGUAGUAGGCUUGAUUACCAACAAUGACGAGACCGCCUACAGGGAGGAGGUGAGGGCUCUGGGAGUGUGGUGCCAGGAAAAAAACCUCUCACUCAACGUCAACAAAACAAAGGAGAUGAUCGUGGACUUUUGGAAACAGCAGAGUGUGCACCCCCCUAUCCACAUCGACGGGACCACAGUGGAGAAGGUGGAAAGCUUCAAGUUUCUUGGCGUACACAUCACCGACAAACUGAAAUGGUCCACCCACGCAGACAGUGUGGUGAAGAAGGCUCAACAGAGCCUCUUCAAUCUCAGGAGGCUGAAGAAAUUCGGCUUGGCACCUAAAACCCUCACAAACCUUUACAGAUGCACAAUUGAGAGCAUCCUGUCGGGCUGUAUCACCACUUGGUACGGCAACUGCACCGCCCGCAACCGCAGGGCUCUCCAGAGGGUGGGGCGGUCUGCCGAACACAUUAUCGGGGGCAAACUGCCCGCCCUUCAAGACACAUACAGCACCCGAUGUCACAGGAAGGCCAAAAAGAUCAUCAAGGACAUCAACCACCUGAGCCACAGCCUGUUCACCCCGCUAUCAUCCAGAAGGCGAGGUCAGUACAGGUACAUCAAAGCUGGGACCGAGAGAAUGAAAAACAGCUUCUAUCUCAAGGCCAUCAGACUGUUAAAUAGCCAUCACUAGCACAUUAGAGGCUGCUGCUGCCUAUUGAAAUCACUGGCCACUUUAAGAAAUGGAACACUAGUCACUUUAAUAAUGUUUACAGUCACUUUAAUAAUGUUUACAUAUCUUGCACUACUCAUCUCAUAUGUACAGUGGGGGAAAAAAGUAUUUAGUCAGCCACCAAUUAUGCAAGUUCUCCCACUUAAAAAGAUGAGAGAGGCCUGUAAUUUUCAUCAUAGGUACACGUCAAAUAUGACAGACAAAUUGAGAAAAAAAAAUCCAGAAAAUCACAUUGUAGGAUUUUUAAUGAAUUUAUUUGCAAAUUAUGGUGGAAAAUAAGUAUUUGGUCAAUAACAAAAGUUUCUCAAUACUUUGUUAUAUACCCUUUGUUGGCAAUGACACAGGUCAAACGUUUUCUGUAAGUCUUCACAAGGUUUUCACACACUGUUGCUGGUAUUUUGGCCCAUUCCUCCAUGCAGAUCUCCUCUAGAGCAGUGAUGUUUUGGGGCUGUCGCUGGGCAACACGGACUUUCAACUCCCUCCAAAGAUUUUCUAUGGGGUUGAGAUCUGGAGACUGGCUAGGCCACUCCAGGACCUUGAAAUGCUUCUUACGAAGCCACUCCUUCGUUGCCCGGGCGGUGUGUUUGGGAUCAUUGUCAUGCUGAAAGACCCAGCCACGUUUCAUCUUCAAUGCCCUUGCUGAUGGAAGGAGGUUCUCACUCAAAAUCUCACGAUACAUGGCCCCAUUCAUUCUUUCCUUUACACGGAUCAGUCGUACUGGUCCCUUUGCAGAAAAACAGCCCCAAAGCAUGAUGUUUCCACCCCCAUGCUUCACAGUAGGUAUGGUGUUCUUUGGAUGCAACUCAGCAUUCUUUGUCCUCCAAACACGACGAGUUGAGUUUUUACCAAAAAGUUAGAUUUUGGUUUCAUCUGACCAUAUGACAUUCUCCCAAUCCUCUUCUGGAUCAUCCAAAUGCACUCUAGCAAACUUCAGACGGGCCUGGACAUGUACUGGCUUAAGCAGGGGGACACGUCUGGCACUGCAGGAUUUUAGUCCCUGGCGGCGUAGUGUGUUACUGAUGGUAGGCUUUGUUACUUUGGUCCCAGCUCUCUGCAGGUCAUUCACUAGGUCCCCCCGUGUGGUUCUAGGGAUUUUUGCUCACCGUUCUUGUGAUCAUUUUGACCCCACGGGGUGAGAUCUUGUGUGGAGCCCCAGAUCGAGGGAGAUUAUCAGUGGUCUUGUAUGUCUUCCAUUUCCUAAUAAUUGCUCCCACAGUUGAUUUCUUCAAACCAAGCUGCUUACCUAUUGCAGAUUCAGUCUUCCCAGCCUGGUGCAGGUCUACAAUUUUGUUUCUGGUGUCCUUUGACAGCUCUUUGGUCUUGGCCAUAGUGGAGUUUGGAGUGUGACUGUUUGAGGUUGUGGACAGGUGUAUUUUAUACUGAUAACAAGUUCAAACAGGUGCCAUUAAUACAGGUAACGAGUGGAGGACAGAGGAGCCUCUUAAAGAAGAAGUUACAGGUCUGUGAGAGCCAGAAAUCUUGCUUGUUUGUAGGUGACCAAAUACUUAUUUUCCACCAUAAUUUGCAAAUAAAUUCAUUAAAAAUCCUACAAUGUGAUUUUCUGGAUUUUAUUUUCUCAAUUUGUCUGUCAUAGUUGACGUGUACCUAUGAUGAAAAUUACAGGCCUCUCUCAUCUUUUUAAGUGGGAGAACUUGCACAAUUGGUGGCUGACUAAAUACUUUUUUUCCCCCACUGUAUAUACUGCAUUCUAUUCUAUAAUAUUCUACUGUAUCUUAGUCCAUGCCGCUCUGUCAUUGCUUGUCCAUAUAUGUAUAUUUUCUUAAAUUCCAUUCCUUACUAGUUUUGUGUGCAUUAGGUAUAUGUUGUGAAAUUGUUAGAUAUUACUUGUUAGAUAUUACUGCACUGUCGGAGCUAGAAGCACAAUCAUUUCGCUACACCCGCUAUAACAUCUGCUAAACACGUGUAUGUGACAAAUACAAUUUGAUUUGUGCAGAGCAAAUUUUGCAGUUUUAAAACACAUUUUCUUCCAAUUCUAUACAUUUUGCCAUGUCUAAUGUGUAUUCAUGUGAUAUUUGACCAACUCAAACAUUAAACAAUCUAUGGGCUAAAAAACCUAGCUAAAAAACAUUAGCUGACAUGGGCUAGUUGAUCUGGACAUUUCUGACACGUUACAGUACAUUCAGAAAGUAUUCAGACCCCUUGACUUUUUCCACAUUUUGUUACGUUACAGUCUUAUUCUAAAAUGGAUUAAAUAAAACAUUUUCCUCAUCAAUCUACACACAAUACUCCAUAAUGACAAAGCAAAAACAGGUUUUUAGACAUUUUUGCAAAUGUAUUAAAAACAAAAAACAGAUACCUUAUUUAUAUAAGUAUUCAGACCCUUUGCUAUGAGACUCGAAAUAGAGCUCAGGUGCAGGCAGGUAAAAGGCACAUGACAGCCCGCUUGGAGUUUGAUAAAAGGCACCUGAAGGACUCUUAGACCAUGAGAAACAAGAUUCUCUGGUCUGAUGAAACCAAUAAUGAACUCUUUGGCCUGAAAGCCAAACGUCAUAUCUGGAGGGAACCUGGCACUAUCCCUACGGUGAAGCAUGGUGGUGGCAGCAUCAUGCUAUGGGGAUGUUUUUCAGCGACAGGGACUGGGAGACUAGUCAAGAUCGAGGGAAAGAUGAACAAAGCAAAGUACAGAGAGAUCCUUGAUGAAAACCUGCUCCAGAGCGCUCAGGACCUCAGACUGGGACGAAGGUUCACCUUCCAACAGGACAACAACCCUAAGCACACAGCCAAGCCAAUGCAGGAGUGGCUUCGGCACAAGUCUCUGAAUGUCCUUGAGUGGCCCAGCCAGAGCCCGGACUUGAACCCGAUCUAACAUCUCUGGAGAGACCUGAAAAUAGCUGUGUAGCGGCGCUCCCCAUCCAAUCUGACAGAGCUUGAGAGGAUCAGCAGAGGAUGGGAGAAACUCCCCAAAUACAGGUGUGCCAAGCUUGUAGCGUCAUACCCAAGAAGACUCGAGGCUGUAAUCGCUGUCAAAGGUGCUUCAACAAAGUACUGAGUAAAGGGUCUGAAUACUUAUGUAAUUGUGAUAUUUCCAGUUUUCUUAUUUUUUAUACAUUUGCAGGUCUUUUGAAUCCAUUUUAGAAUAAGGCUGUAACGUAACAAAAUGUGGAAAAAGUCAAGGGGCAUGAAUACUUUACGAAUGCACUGUAUAAAUAAAAAUCUCUCUAAGGUAUGCAAUGACUGACAUGACAAGAGGGAAACUGAUGAUGCACUACCCAAUUUCGAAAUUGCACCUUGUGGAUUCUACUAUUACAACUUUCAGUAAGUUGAAAGCUGGACUGAGUUAUUUAUUUAUUUUUUGGGGGGGGGGGGGGGGACCGCGGGGACCGCGGGGACCGCACCCCCUCUGCUGACUGGGCACGCCCCCCAGUUUGGGGACCACUGGUGUAGAGAGUCAUUGUACCAUCUAACCGCUGUGAAAUAUAUUUAUAUUAUUAAUAUUGUAUUUUCAGCUGUUUGAAGCUGGUGUACAAAAUUGAAAGUAAAAGACGCCAAAACGAAACUUAAAAUCAGGAAGAGUAGGAAUAGCACACAUAGAACAGAUCUACCACUUCUUAGACUUGCUUUCAAUGAGAAUGACAGAUCUAUAACUCACAUUUCUAUGUGAAUUUGGUCAGUCGCCCAAAAAGCUACAUAUUGCAGCUUUAAGUACCCAUUAUUUCCCAUAGAACUGCCUCAAACCGAAUCCGACCAAUAACAAUCAUAUUCCACCUAUUCACUAGUGAUGGCGUAAAACAUCUAUACAGUAAAGUUGCAUAUCAGGAUAUUAUUUAUAUGUAUCGUUUUGACUAUCGCAAUAUUAUUUUUGCUCUAGUUGGCUGUACCUGCACCAAAAGUAUUUUUACUUCAUAUCUUGUUCUCCAUCUUCUUUUUAAAUAUGGAGCCAAUUUUGUUUUUUCAUGGCUCUCUCUUGUCCCUCUGCAGCAGACAUAUGGUGAGAAAUAUGUUUAGACCAUGGAAUCGCAAUACAAUCACAGUAUUGAAUCGCAAUACAUAUAGAAUUGUGAGAAUCGCAAAAAUAUGAAAUCAGCACCUAAGUAUUGUGAUAAUAUCAUAUCAUGAGGUCGAUCCUUGGCAAUUCCCAGCCCUACUAUUCACUGUAGCAGCACCAUAAAACUACUGAUAAGUUCUUCAAUGGCUUUUAAAUUACUGUCUGUCUGGCCAUUACAGACAUUAUAAAGCCAUUAAAUUCUUCGAAAACAACAUGAAAAUGUUAGAUCAGUUGGAACAUAGACAGUAGAUAGACAUAUUAUAUUUUCUUAUUUUUCACAUUUCUCCAAUGGCGCCGUGCUUUCCAGUAAGACAUCUGUUCUUGAUUUACCAUUACUUGUACACUUGUUGAUGUUUGCAAUUGUUGAUGUUUGUUUGUUUGGGUUCUCUAUUUGUUCCUUAGAUGGUGUUCAAUGUGGUGUACCCCAUGGCUCCGGACCAGCGGCGGCACGUCAGCAUCAAUUCAGCCAGAUGGCUUCCAGACCCGGGGAUGGGCUUGGCCUACGGCACCAACAAAGGGGACUUGGUCAUCUGCAGGCCCGUGUGAGUAGUGCUCCUGUUUGUCCAUUGCAAUGCGUAUACCUGAUAGACUGGGCCCUAUCGGGACAGUGCAUGGGUGACUUUUUGUUUGCUUUGUUGUCAUCAAUAUACACUUUGUGUGCAAAAGUGUAUUCCCGGUAUCUUGAGUUCAGUGCAGUCCUUACCACCACCUCCAAUGCUGGCGGUCAUUUGGAUUCAUUUUGGUCUCUGAUUUUAUUAUUCUAAUAGCCAGUAUAAACAGGAAGCGUCUGGAUUGGAGAGGGUCAAUUAUUGGUCUGUAAUGAGGUCAUUGUCUGUGAUGAUUACAUGAAGGAAUCUCUCCUCAGUGGGGAGAUCUGAUAAUGACGACAUCGUCGGUGCCAAUGAUAAAUGAUGUCGUGCUGUCUGUCUGUUCUCCAGGUUGUACCGGAGUGACGGAGAGAGCCCGGCCGAAGCGAGCGCCGAGCCCAUAUUCACAGUCAGUAACAGCGGUGGUGGAACCAGCAGGACCCGCGGUACAGAUCGACCAGGGUGA